GCCGCCGGCUUCAGAGCGCUCGCAGAGACAGGCAACGCCAGCCCUUUCCCUCCGUGCGCGACCCAGCGAGGCGGCGUGCCGAGCCUCCGCCUGGGCAGGCGCCUACUGUCUGCCCGCCGUCCGUCCGUCGGUCCCUGACUGCCCAUCGCGUCCCCUCCCUUGGCGGCCAGAUGAUGAACUUUCUGCGGCGCAGGCUCUCGGACAGCAGCUUCAUCGCCAACCUGCCCAAUGGCUACAUGACCGACCUGCAGCGGCCGGAGCCCCAGCAGGCGCCGCCGCCGCCGCCCUCGUCGUCGGCAGCUCCGUCCUCGCCUUCCCCGGCCUCGGAGCGCAGGCAGCCGCAGCCGGCGGCGCCUCCUUCCCCAGCCCAGCAACAGCCGCCGCCGCCGCCACAGCAGCAGCAGUCGGUGGGCAGCAGUUUCUUCAGCUCCCUCUCCAAUGCCGUGAAGCAGACGGCGGCCUCGGCGGGCUUGGUGGACGCGGGCUCGGCUUCCUCGGCGGCAGCCAAAAAGUUCAAGCUGCUCCUGGUCAUCGAUGAGCCUCACACGGACUGGACCAAAAGUUUUCGUGGGAAAAAAGUCCAUGGGGAAUAUGACAUCAAAGUUGAACAGGCACAAUUUUCAGAGGUCAAUUUAAUAGCUCACGCUGAUGGGAAUUACGCUGUAGACAUACAAGCAUUCCGAAAUGGCAUUAAAGUUGUCAGAUCAUUCAGGCCUGACUUUGUUCUUGUUCGACAACACUCAUUCAGCAUGGCAGAAAAUGAAGACUUCCGUAACUUAAUUAUUGGGAUGCAUUACGCUGGCAUCCCAAGUGUUAACUCCCUAGAGUCAAUCUACAACUUCUGCGACAAGCCCUGGGUGUUUGCCCAGUUGGUGUCCAUCUACAGAACUAUGGGACCAGAGAAGUUCCCUCUAAUUGAACAAAUAUUUUAUCCAAAUCACAAGGAAAUGCUGACAUUGCCAACAUUUCCUGUUGUUGUGAAGAUUGGACAUGCUCAUUCGGGCAUGGGAAAGGUCAAGGUAGACAACCAUUAUGAUUUUCAGGAUAUAGCCAGUGUGGUAGCACUCACACAGACCUACGCCACCACUGAGCCCUUCAUAGACUCCAAAUACGACAUCAGGAUCCAAAAGAUAGGCAACAACUACAAAGCAUACAUGAGGACUUCUAUAUCUGGAAACUGGAAGACAAACACUGGAUCUGCAAUGUUGGAACAAAUUGCCAUGUCAGAUAGGUACAAGGUUUGGAUUGACAGCUGCUCUGAGAUGUUUGGAGGAUUGGACAUCUGUGCUGUCAAAGCAGUUCAUGGCAAGGAUGGGAAAGAUUAUAUUUUUGAGGUUAUGGAUUCUGCAAUGCCUUUGAUUGGUGAACAUCAGGUUGAAGACAAACAGCUUAUAACUGAACUUGUUGUAAGCAGAAUGAACCAAAUAUUAUCUAAAACACCUACACCAUCCCCGCAGAAACCAACUGCCACUCAGCAGCCUCUGAGUGGAUCACUUAAGGAGACAGAACCAAACAAAGUCCCACCCCAGCGACCACCUCCUCAAGGGGGCCCUGUGCAACCCCAAGGAAUCCAAUCACAAAGCCAGGAGCCAUUGCAACCACAGCGCGUGUUCCUUCCGGGGCAGCCAGCAAAGCCCUCAAGUUCCCUGCCUCCACGACCACCUGGCCCUGCAACUCAGCAACCCUGCGCCCAGGCCACGGGUCCUUCACAUGCCGGGCCAGCAACAGGCACAGAGACUGAGCCUUCACCAGCUCCACCACAGAAGACUCAGUCACAUCCCCAACUGAACAAAUCCCAGUCUCUGACCAAUGCCUUCAACUUCACGGAGUCGUCCUUCUUUCGAUCAUCCGUGAACGAGGAUGAAGCAAAAGCUGAAACCAUCCGAAACUUGAGAAAAUCUUUUGCCAGCCUCUUUUCGGACUAGCCAUGUAGAGUCAGAUUCUGUGCGUCUGUAACAUGUUUAAAAGUCUAUCAUGAACAUCAUUUCGCAAACCUAAUUCGUGAAUGGUCCUCCUUUGCUGUUCCAACUGUUGUAUUAAGCAAUAUGUUAUGCUUUUUUUUAAAAAAAGAAACUAUAAUGAGAUACACUUCAGGUAUAUUUUUUAAAAAGCCACUUUAAAAAAAAAGCCAAGAGGAAAAGCUAUACAGCAGAACGCUUAAAGUUCUCGUCAACUGUGAUAUUGUGGCCUUACCAUUAAAUGCACUAGGUCAUCACAUUGGCCUCUCCUUUGUGAAAACAUUAGAACCACCCACCAUUAUGUUGUAAGUAUUCCUCUCACUACAGUUUUCUCCAGUGCUCAACAACCCACUGCAUGUUAUUUGUUUAUUUAAAGUAUCUUGUCCUGCAAGGCUACAGUCGUGAAACCUGCUUUCUUGUCCCAAGAUCUUUAGGAUACAGCUUCACACUGGUGUUUGCUCUUGACCCUCUUUCACCUUAUGAGAAACUAAAGCAGCUUUCUUCCCAUAGCAAGCUUUCCAUCAGUGGAAUGUAGCAUUCGGAUAUGCUACUAAGAACAAUUCCCUAGGAUGAACCCAUGUUAUAAAGUUACAUGUGUCUAUAUCAUUGUAUCCUCACGUCUGUUGUACAAUUAUUUGCAACCUGUUGACAGUGACAUUCAAUUUGUAAAGUGCCAUGCAUGACCUCAUGUUACCCAUAAUUCCUGUAACCUAAUAAAAGCAAAAGUCUAUACCUGGUAGUAAGCACUGUU